AUGCCAACAAGUUUGGAGACUGAAGAUAGAAGUGAACUAGCCUAUCCAUACCUUAAUGUAUACUAUAAUCUUGAUCCGAAGGAUUGGAAUCAUAUAGUUGAUGAUCAAAACAAGCUUAUAAAGCUUAAAAAAAGACUUUCACUCAUCAGGCGUAAACUAUCUCUAGAUAAGAAUCGCAUACAAAAUUUAAUGGGUACAGAACGUAAUCUAAUGAUAAAUUCCAAGGCUAGCCUCCUUAGAAGAGCGAUACACAGAAAUAUAGUAAAAGAUGAAAACGAUUCUUGCGAUAAAUUAAGGGUCACCAAUAGUAGUAUCGAAGGAACUGAGCCAUAUGUAAAAACAUAUGAACCAUACUACUAUCACUUAUUGGCAUCACAAUUGAAUUAA